CCGCCCCCGCCCCCGUCCCCACCCCCACCCAGCACGCAGCCUCCACCACCUCCCCUGCAAACGUCCAGUGACGCAGAGGUAAUGGACGUUGGCUCUGGCGGUGCUGGACAGUCGGACCCCCCCGCCGGGCCCCCCCCGGCCGGGCCUCUCCCCCGAGCCGCCGCCGCCCCCGCCCCCCCCGCGGACCCGAGCCCCCGGACGGGCCGGCACGCCCCCGCCGCUCCCAGAUUCGCCCCCGACCCGAAGGCGCUCAAGGACGUCAAGAUUAGCGUCAGCUUUACCGAAAGUUGCAAAAGCAAGGACAGGACGGUCCUGUACACGGGCCCCGAGCGGGGGGCCGAGGCCGGGGGGCCCGCCGGGGGGGACGGGGGCGGGCCGGGGGCCGGGGGGCACGGGGCCGCCCCCAAGGAGGAGGAAGCAGAGGCGGAUCAGGAGAAGAGAGUGGAGUACGCGGUUCUGGAUGAACUGGAAGACUUCACCGACAACUUGGAAGCGGACGAAGAAGGAGGAGGGUUCGCGUCUAAGACGAUCGUGCAGAGGGACAAGGGGGACGAGGACGCCUUGAACUUCUCCUACGAGGAGGAUUUCGACAACGACGUGGAUGCCCUACUGGAGGAGGGGCUCCAGGCCCCUAAGAAGCGGCGGUUGGAGGAGAAGUUCGGCGGGGAAAGCGACCACGGGUCCGACGGGGAGACCAGCGUCCAGCCCAUGAUGACCAAGAUCAAAACCGUCCUGAAAAGUCGCGGCCGCCCCCCGACCGAACCGCUGCCCGACGGGUGGAUCAUGACGUUCCACAACUCCGGGAUCCCCGUCUACCUGCACCGAGAGUCCAGGGUGGUCACCUGGUCCAGACCCUACUUCUUGGGAACCGGGAGCAUCAGAAAACACGACCCGCCGCUCAGCAGCAUCCCGUGCCUCCACUACAAGAAGAUGAAGGACAACGAGGAGCGGGAACAGAGCAACGACAUCACCCCCAACGAGGAGGUGUCCCCCCUGAAGCCCGCCGACCGGCCCCGCGAGCCGGACUGCCGGGCCGAGGAGCCCGACUGCCGGGCGGAGGAGCCCGACUCCACGGCCGCCGACCCCGGCCCGCUCGACGAGCGAGACCCCGGGAGCGGGGAGGCGGCGCCGGGAGCCCUGGGCCAGGUCAAGGCCAAAGUGGAAGUGUGUAAAGACGAAUCUGUCGACCUGGAGGAUUUCCGCAGCUACCUGGAGAAGCGCUUUGACUUCGAGCAGGUGACGGUGAAGAAGUUCCGGACCUGGGCGGAGAGGAGGCAGUUCAACCGGGAGAUGAAGCGCAAGCAGGCCGAGUCGGAAAGGCCCAUCCUGCCGGCCAACCAGAAGCUGAUCACGCUGUCCGUGCAGGACGCCCCCACCAAGAAAGAGUUUGUCAUCAACCCAAACGGGAAGUCUGAAGUUUGCAUUCUGCAUGAGUACAUGCAGCGAGUCCUAAAGGUUCGCCCUGUUUACAAUUUCUUUGAAUGUGAGAACCCAAGUGAGCCCUUUGGCGCCUCAGUCAUCAUCGACGGCGUCACGUACGGCGCGGGGACUGCCAGCAGCAAAAAGCUGGCCAAGAAUAAAGCCGCACGCGCCACCCUGGAGAUUCUCAUCCCCGACUUCGUCAAGCAGACCUCUGAGGAAAAGCCCAAAGACAGCGAAGAGCUGGAGUAUUUCAACCACAUCAGUAUUGAGGACUCGCGGGUGUAUGAGCUGACCAGCAAGGCUGGGCUGUUGUCUCCGUACCAGAUUCUCCAUGAGUGCCUUAAACGAAACCACGGAAUGGGAGACACCUCCAUCAAGUUCGAAGUGAUCCCCGGGAAAAACCAGAAGAGCGAAUACGUCAUGACGUGCGGCAAACACUCGGUCCGCGGCUGGUGUAAGAAUAAAAGAGUGGGGAAGCAGCUGGCCUCCCAGAAGAUCCUGCAGCUCCUGCACCCGCACGUGAAGAACUGGGGCUCGCUGCUGCGCAUGUACGGCCGUGAGAACAGCAAGAUGGUCAAGCAGGAGACGGCCGACAAGAGCGUGAUCGAACUGCAGCAGUACGCCAAAAAGAACAAGCCGAACCUCCACAUCCUGAAUAAGCUCCAGGAAGAGAUGAAGAAGCUGGCAGAAGAGAGGGAGGAGACCCGCAAGAAGCCCAAGAUGAGCGUCGUGGAGUCAGCCCAGCCGGGCAGCGAGCCCCUGUGCACCGUGGACGUGUGAGCGGGGCCGUCGGCCGGCCCCGCUCCGGCCCUCCCCGGACCCCUCCUUAUCCCGGAGCUCCAGCCGCCGCUCGGGCCGAGGCGCGGGGAAGGCUGCUCCGGGGCUAGCGCCUUCCCCUCCCCCCGGCGACCACCGCCCAUGGCAGUGACCGUUCAGGCACAGGCGGAGACGCAGGUCCGUAGAGUCGGGGCCCGGGGGGGUGGCCGCGGCGGCGACUAAACUCUGGGGCACUCGCGGGCCUCCGCCGUCCGGCCUGUCCCUUAGCCGGAGACCCCAAAGCCGCGGCCGGCCCGCUGAGCCGGACCGCAGACGGCGCUCCCCCAAAUGAGCUCGGGGCCGGGGUGGGGGCGGCGCCUCAGGCCUCGGGGACCCGGGCUUGGGCCGUUGCUUGGACCUGCCUCAACCCAAGCCUUAAAGCGGGGACAAAAUAGAAUAUUUAAAGGAUUGCUGCUCCUAUCUCCCCUUCACUUUGGGCGGGGGUCACCUUCCACGGGUUUGCCGCCGGAGCAGUGUCCCGGGGCGGUCACUGUCUGCGCGCUCGCCGUUCUUAAAUAAGCCACGCUGCUUGGGCUGAGGGCAGAGAGGCUGUCACUCUAAUGAUAAGAUCCUGUCUGUUAGUCAAUAGGAGGUAUUGCGUGCGGAGCACUGUACUGAGCGCUUGAGAAAGUUCAGUACAACCGGCGGUAGGUGCAGUCCUUACUUAGAACUAAGCGCUUACUAUGGGCCGAGUACCUGGACUGAGCCCCCUCUCCCUGCCGGUCGGUCUGGCUGCCCCCAGGCAGGCCCGGGCUCAACGGACCCAGUGCCCUGGUUCUCAUCUUUAUCCGACCGCUUCCCCUCCCCUCCCGACACGCGCGUGCCCGGGCGCGCACGGGCCCGUGGGGCCGGGGGAGGCGUGUGCACUUGGAUGCCCCCCCCCCACCCCCC